ACUCUACACUACAACAAAAAAAAUUGAUUGAGAGAGAGAAGCAGAAAUCGAAUCAAGAAAGACGAUAGAAUUAUUUAUUUCCUACAUAUCUUUCCUCCUGUGAAAAUGUGUUGUAGUUUUAUUAAAGUCAUUCAUAACAAUUAAUUUAUUUUUGCCAUUUUGGCUAACUUUCUGAAUCGCUCGCUCGGCUUGCUCCUGUCAGAUUUAUCAAACAAAAUAAUUUUUGAUGGUCAGCCAACCGGUGGUAUGGUAACGCUGUGGAAAGUCUGGAUUUGAAUUAAUAUGUUACAGAGCACAAUAGUACAAAGUUGUUAGCAGAUGAAGUUAUCGUAAAGAAUAUGGCGAAGCGUAAGAAGGCGGGCGCAAAUCCGGGGACAUCGCGGCGAGCAAGUCGCCGGAACAAGCAGCCAAAUGAAGACAGUCCUGCGGCGUCGGCUGUUGAUGGCGAGUCCUCUACAGAUCCCGCUUCGACUGAAGUAGUAGACGAAACACAAAAUCAAACUUCAGAAAAACCAACAACUUCUAACUCUGUAACAACAGUAACAGACCCACAGUCAUCUAGCUCUAUUAUCUUAAAAAAUGCUAAAGUGCCAGUGGUGGCCUUACAUAAGAAAUUCGGUAAAUAUCGCCUGUUUAACAGUGAUGAAGCAUUUAUGAGGAAAUAUGAGGUAGGCAGUGACAGUGAGACUAACAGUAGUCUUGAAGUGAGGGUUGUUGACCCCUGUGCCAGCUCAGAGUCAGACUCUAAUGCAGGGCCAGAGAGCCAGUCAGACACAAAUAGCAGAGUUUGUGUCAGUCCUAUUAUCAAUUCUAUUAGUGUUACUCAAAGUCAGUGUAGUUCAAGAGAUGUUUCUCCCACGCUACUGAUGCAACAUAGUCCUGCAGCCAAAGAAAAUAUACUUGAAAAUGAGAAUAUUGGAUAUGAGGAUAAGACGGGUGUGGAGACAUUACCACCAUUUGUGCCUCUCCCAUCAGACUUAGAUAUAAAUAAACCAAUUAAUGAGCAGGAGCUUAGUGAAAAAUGUGAAAAUAUCUCUAUUAGUGAAAAUAUUCCAUCUGGAGAUAUGGAUCAGUGUGAGAAUGUUGAAUAUUGUGGUGAUGAUGAUGAAGUCAUCACAAUAGUACAAAUAGUGGAAGAUGACAACCCUGAAUUAUAUUACAGCAUCAAUAUUAGCAGCCCUAAAGAUGAAACCAGCCCACAAGUAGAUCAUGUUGAGUAUGAAAAUAAAAAACAAGAUGAAGAUGUCCAGAAACACUUUGAGAAACUCAAUAUUGUCUCAUCACAGGAAUCUAUGGUUUCACCUAUGGAAUAUAGUGAAUCUCAUUCUACACCACCUGUUUGCAUUACUCCAGACCUUCAGUUCCCCAAGGAGAAUAUAAAUGAACAUUUAACCCGCCCUGAUCCCAGUUUAACACCUAGCUCCACCCUAUCUGACGACAGUAAUUCCUCGAGAAUUACUGAAGCAAACCAGAAUAAUUCCAAUGAUUCUGCUGAAUCAUCACCAACUGGUGUGCGGAGAUCAAGUCGCAUAAAAACUAUAAGCAAUUUGAAACAAAAGACUAAAGGUUAUGGUUUAGUAAAGACACCUUUGAAAAAAGCUCUGAUAACACAGACUAAGUUGAAAUUGGAGGAGAUUGGUUCAGAUAGUCAGGAGAAGCCUUCUGAUGCAAUGUUGAAUAAUGCUCCAAACUCCCCAUCAUUUCCUGUGCCUUCAGAUAUGCCUGUGAAAGUAAAAUCAAGAUGGCGUAGAUCAAGUGAGCUAGAAAUGGGUGCAGGUUCACCAGCCAAUUCUCCAUUGGCUAGUCCAAGCUUGCCUCAGCGUUUGCCAACUGUGGCUGAAGCUCAAAAUCUCGAAGAAGAAGUCAUUCCACUGAGCAAAGAGGACUAUGACAGAAUUAUUGAUGAAAGGAUGAAACAAUAUGUACAUUUAGAGGAGAAUGAGUAUUUGUGUGAGAGAAUGAUAAGUAAAGAAACCAAGAAGAUGAUUUGUGACUGCUUUAUGACCAAAGAAGAGUUGGGUCGAGGGGAGCUAGCUUGUGGGGAGGACUGUCUUAAUAGACUGCUGAUGAUUGAAUGCAAUUCACGCUGUCCAGUUGGCGAAAGAUGUACAAAUAGGAGGUUCCAAAACAAAGAAAAUGCUGCCUUGAAGGUAUUUUAUGCUGAUAAGAAAGGAUGCGGUGUUGAGGCAGAACUUGAUAUACCAUCAGGCGAAUUCCUGAUGGAGUAUAUAGGGGAGGUUUUGGACUACGAUCAGUUCUAUAAGCGGGCCCAAGCUUACUCCGACGAGAACAACCUCCACCACUACUUCAUGUCCCUAAAGGGCGACACUGUAAUAGACGCCACCACCAAAGGAAACAUCUCCCGGUUCAUCAACCAUUCGUGUGAUCCCAAUGCGGAAACACAGAAGUGGACAGUCAACGGAGAACUGAGGAUUGGAUUCUUCAGCAAACGUGACAUUGUAGCUGGAGAAGAGAUCACGUUUGAUUACCAGUUCCAGAGAUUUGGGAAGGUGGCGCAGCGGUGCUACUGUGGGGCGCUGCACUGCCGCGGCUGGAUCGGCGCAGAGCCCGACUCUGAUGACGAGUAUGAUGAGGAGGAAGACGAAGACGUGUCCACAUCGAAGUCGGGCGCGGACGAGUCGUCAGCCGCGGAGGCGGGCGACGCGCAGCUGCAGGAGAAGCCGCGCGUGCGCCGCCCCAAGCGGGAGCGCAAGUAUAAACCUAAAGCUGAUCUCGUGCAAGACGCUGAUAUCGAAGAAGAACUGGAGUUGCUUGGUAGAACGGGCGUCAAGAAUCAGAGCCACACUCUGCGUCUCUCCCGAACCGUGGUCAGAGCCAAGAGUCGCAAGGCACAAGCGUCGCUGCUGCGGUUACUGCGGGACGCCGACCUGCCUUGCAGGCGCCUGUUCCUGGACUACCGCGGGCUGAGGCUGCUGGCGCCUUGGUGCAAUGAUGCGCCAAUGGACUUCAAGUUAGAAAUGCUGCAAACAGUGGACCGGCUCCCGAUCACGAACAAGACGAUGGUGCAGGAGAGCAGAUUCUUCACGAUCGUGGAGCGCUGGCUGAGCGCCGCCGACCAGCAGCCGCAUGUGUUCAUUGAUGAGGCCACAGGCCUACCAGUGGAGCUUCCGAACAGCGGCAGUCAAGAAGCCGCAUCUCCGGAUAAGAAAGACACGGCAGCAAUGAACGACAAAAUUAAAAACUUCUGCAAUCAACUGCUGGAGCGAUGGUCUAGUUUGAAAGAAGUAUUCAAAAUCCCGAAGAAGGAGCGCAUACAACAAAUGAAAGAGCACGAGCGACAAGCUAAUGUCGAGCGAAGGGCGGCGGACUCUACAGAAGUGCGCGACAAAGACCGCACGCGAGACAGAGAGAGAGAUAGAGAGCGAGACCGCGACCGGGAGCGGGAGAGAGAAAGAGAUAGGGAGGAGAAGAGAGAAAGAGACAGGGAUAGAGAUCGGGAUAAAGAGAGAGAUAGGUAUAGAGAAAGAGACAGAGAUCGUGACAGGGACCGAGAUAAGGACAGAGAUAGAGAUGACAGAGAUAGGAGGAAACGGAGGAGCAGUCCCGAUGGCAGGAGGAGUAUUAGGCUGAACGAGCGCGUGCUGGCAGCGGUGCCGCCGAUGAGCAAAGAGGAGCGGCGGCGCGCGUUCGCGGAGGCGGCGGCCGCGGCCGAGCGACAGCGCAUGCGCGGCGAGCGCUGGCCCGCCUCCGCGCACUACUACCAGCAAAUGUUCCCGGGCGGCAUGGGCAACAUGCCGAAUAUGCCGAACAUGCCCAACAUGAGCAUGGGGGGCAUGAUGCCGGGCAUGAUGCAGGACAUGCCGCCGGAGUGGAUGCAGGGCCCGGAGUUCCCGUCCUUCUGCCAGCCCUUCCCUGGAACACAGCCUUUCUGCAUGCCACAGCCAAACAUGAUGGGCAUGAGCGGGUUCGGCAUGCCGGGGUUCAUGUUCGGGCAGCAGCUGCCGGCAGCCUUCCCGCCGCAGCCCAUGCAGGACGCCAUUCAGGUGCCCGCGGGGCUCCCGCCGGACGCGGCGCCGCCGCUGCCGUCGCUGUGGCGCAGCGCGGCGGACGCCCGCGGCCGGCGCUACUACUACCACGUGAAGCUGCGCCAGCCGCAGUGGACGCCGCCCACGCCGCCGCCGCCGCCUAGUCCAGAUGACAGUUCGGAAGAAGAAGAGGAAGAACAACCAAGUACAGUUGACACCUCGGUCGUCAACCGCAAGGGCAAGAUGGUCGAAGGAGUCAACGGAAUUUAUGAAGUGAUCAAAGAAGAGUCGCACAACGGACUGAUCCCGGAGCGCGCGCUGCUGAGCCCGCGCCCGCGCAAGCGGCGCCCGGGGCUCGUCUCCGAGAGGCCCAUCAGUCCGCGAACGGAGGAGGACAAGCUGGCGGGCAGACUAGAAGUGAAGAGGUACAAACAGACAAAAGAGAAGUUGCGGCGACGGCGGGAGAAAUUAUUGCACAAGAUGAGGCUCGCAGCCAGCAAGCAAGACAAGCUGCUACCUGAUCUCAAGAUGGUGGACUUAGUAGACUCAGAAACGGAUUCCGAAGAGGAAUCAGACGAGGAUAAGCCUCGGGCAGUCCCCGAGAAGUCCCCGGAGAUCUCCAGCCCUGCGGUGGUCCAGCAGCCGCCAGCGCCCGCGGUGGACGUGGAGGAGCUGGCGAGGAGGAAGAAGGAGCAAUUCAGAAGCAAUAUGGCGCGGGUCAUGGUAUCCCAUCUUAAUCCAUACAGACAUGAAAAUGCGCCGGUGGGGAGGAUUACGUGCACGGCCGAUUUCAAGCAUCUUGCUAGGAAGUUAACCCACUUCGUGAUGCUGAAAGAGCUGAAGCACUGUCAGUCAGUAGAAGAGUUAAUCGUGACGGAUUCAGUGCGGUCGAAAGCGAAGAUGUUCGUGAAGAAAUACAUGGCGAAGUUCGGGCCCGUGUACCGGCGGCCGCCUGAGGAGGCCGACUAGCGGCCGCGGCACAUCACGCUCGCGUCUUGAGGAUACUAUACGCCAGUGAAGUGACUACAGAUGUCAAGUGGUGGAACUAUAAAACAGUAUUUGGUGCGUUUUGGAUUUAAGCAGACUGAAAAAAAUUUUUUUUCGAAAAUUAUUAAUCAAAUUAUUUAGAAACCUUCGUUCUAGAUGGCCGAAAAUAUUACUAUUACCAAUUAAAUAAAGCCUGUCAUAUUUUUCAAGACGCAAGUGGAUAAAAUGUAAUGAGACUUAGCUAGUUCCUGUGUUUGUGUUAUUGAUGAUAAAUAGUUCACCUAUUGAAAUAAUCGAAAAAAGUAAUUGAAAGAAAGAAGACUAAUAAAUUGUAAUGGUUGAAAGGAUAUUGGAGUAUUGAACAAAGUGAAGUUCAAACUAGGAAAACAUUUGUCAUAAGAUACAGGGCUAAGUAUAGUAUAGUACCGCCAGUCAUUGUGUUAGACAUUAUCAGGAGUAAAACUCAAACAUAACAACUUCGAGUCAAAAACAAUGGUUGCCUCUCCACUAGGGGCGCUGUUGUAGUGAAAGAUUGACUUCCAUAGACAAUUUCAACGUUUUCGUUGUGCACAUGAGCUCUGGUUUUUUUAAACGUUAGCCAUAUAGUAACAGGACUCACGCGGCCCGUGGCGUCACGUAAAAUUCAAUCUUUCUGAUGUUCUCACUCACGUUGAUUGCUUACGAAUGAAUUGGACACUUGUUUAGUUAUUUGGGAUUGUAUGACUAACACCACCGAUGUUAGUAAAAAGCUAUUUUCCUCAAACAGAUCCCGCUUUUCAACUAUAUUGACUAUUCAAUUUAUGAUAACUCGUGAAAAAGUAGAUACUUUUUAUAAUAAAAAUAAAUAUUUCAUAGAAAAAUCUUCCUUUCGACGCAUAUUUUAAUAUGACAUCUUUGCAUAGUAUAAGUAUAUGUGUUCAAGCAUUUUAGUGCUCAAAUGUCUUAAGAUGAAAUUUUCUAUGAAUUAUUUGCCAAAUUAAUCACUGUCGCUUACCAUUCGUCAUGACUAAGUCACGUUGAAUCCAAUUGUAAAUAUUAGGUAAUAAGAAAUAGUUUUCUAUCAUAAAUUAUCCCUCAUUUAAUUUUAAUGUAGUUUAUAAAUAGUCAUUUUACUUUGGUUAUGAUUUAUGUAUUACUGAAUUGUGUUGAUGCCACAAGUGAAUGUAAAAAAUGGUAUUUUUUUUAUGAUCUCUAAUAUUGACCCAGUUUUAGAGAAUGUAAUCUGACUAAAUAAUAUAUAAUUUAUCUAACUAUGCGUGUGACUUCUAUUCCAUACAUGAAAAGACGUAUUUUCCUAAAGUCGGUGCCACUAAAGAAGUACCACAGUCGCUGGCAACAACAACCUGGCCGAUAUGUUAUUGAUAGGCGCGGACUCUAGCUUUUUUGUACUUUUCAGUGACAUUAGAAUAUUAACUACCUACUACAGGAAAAUGUAUAUUAUUCGAAGAAAUUUGGUGAGAAGUCCACAGCCUUAUUUUAAAGAAAGGUGUAAAGAGGUGUAGAGGACAGUUAAAAUCUAUGGUUACUAUGUUCUUUUCGUUUAGAAGCUUUCCAACGAGAUCAGAAUUCGAUUUAUGGUUCCUAUAAAAUACAUUGGUCAGACUGCAUCAAUGUGUAUGGACAUGAGGUUAGCUCGAAUAUGAACUGCAAUGAAGUACACAGUAUUAUUAUAAUUAACUAAUAGAACUGUACAAACUGUUUAAUCUUAUUUUUGUGUGAGAUCUAUAUCAUGACAAUGAUCUACAGCGAAAUGUUGACCAUUUCUAACAUAUUAUCGUAAUCUACACAAUCGACAUUAUAUUCUUUUCAAACUAUACAAUCAAUAAUGUAUAAGACAUUAUAUUAGUCCCAUUUUCAUAAAUAUCAAUGAUUUAAAGUAACAUAGAAAAUGUUUUCUUUUUAAUUAUAAUCAAUUAUAGUACUCGAUUUGAGUACAAUUAAAAGAGUUAUUUUCCUUCAACACAAAUGUUACAUUUUGAAAAAGACAAUCUAUGAUUAUAAUAUGAAAAUGAGAUAAAUUUGUAAAAAUAUGAAGUUUAUUGAAAAAAAAUCUUAAGCUCAACAAUGAAGUUCAUAUUAAGUCAUUUGAUUAAUGAUUGUCAUUAUAUAAACCAGUAUUUGACUAAUCUCUUUUGUAGUGUAUGUGUAUAUUUUCACCCCCUCCCCGCUACCGUGAUAUAUACGUCGUAUCGCUGAAGUGAAGUGGCAUACAGUUGCUCGUGGUACGGCUUGAUGGACGGACGUUUACUAGUUAGCUAUAUGGUGGAGCAUCAAUAACGUAGUUGUGAUGUACAGUUACGAGCCCCAUGGGGGCCAACCUUUAGUGGGGAGGAAGUGAAUAUAGGCGACACAUACAUUGCACCUUAGGUCUGAAAUGUAAAAAAAAAACAUUUGAAAAGUAUGAGACUACAUAGAAAUCCAUAACGUUCAUAAUAUACCUAGUAAGACAUUAUUGAGUAUUUCAAAACAUAUUAUUUAAAAAAAUACACCAUAUAGCUUUGUUUUCUGUUGUCCAAUUCAUUAAGCUAUGUAAUAGUCGAGUUGCUAAUGUGUGGUUUAUGCUAAGUAGCUGCUGUUUGAAUCAUAAAUCAAUGAUUUUUUUUUAUUGAAGACUUUAUAGUCAUUAUUGACAUAUUAAUUUAAAGUUGUUAAAAGCAACUUUACUGUAGGUUUCAAUAUAUUGAUAUACAUACAGGUGUUCCACGAAGCUUUAAACUUGUCGUCGUUACAGUAAUCAUACUGCCUAAAUCCAUAUUUUUCCACAAUGUUAAGGCUGUUUUGUUCAGCUAGUCAAGACAAAGAAGACAUUUUAUCUGCAAUAUUAGUUCUGCAGAUCAGUCUACUUAGACUGAUCUGAAAAAUAUACCGAUCUUUCCGGACUGAUUAUUAUUUUUAAGCCAUGCAUGUUCGACGUUCGUAGUUGCACAUGAUCGACAACGCGCGCAUCGGGCCUAAAUCAAGAAUGUAAUUUUUUUUUCAUUCACUGUCAUGGCCGACUGAUAUUUAGUUAUUACGUUCAUUUUUAUACCUCGCGAGACACGGCAUGUGUCUUUGUCAAAAACUUUUUGGAACUCCUGUAAAUUCUGACUUGAACUUAGUGUACUAGGUAGAACCAGUCUAGUGUAAGCGUUUAAACUGUAAAUUUUGUAUAUAAGGCAUGUGAGUCGCAAAUGUUUCGCGUUGUUAGAGAGGAUGUUUAUUUUGUGGCCUGAGCCCAAGAUGUGAGAAUUCGAAGCCGAUGGAACAAAUAAAACGUUAUGUCUUUUA